AUGUCCGAGAGCAAUGAUGACCACGCCAUCCUCAAACUCACGCCCAACGAAAAGGCAGCCUAUUCCCACCUCUUCUCCCUCGCCGACAGCGACUCCCUCGGCGUCGUAACCGGCGAGCGCGCCGUCUCCUUCUUCGAGAAGACCCAUGUGCCCGCGCCAGUACUGGGCGAGAUAUGGCAAAUUGCCGAUACCGAGAACCGCGGCCUCCUCACUAAGCCAGGCUUUUGCAUGGUCGUGCGCCUUAUCGGCUGGUGGCAGAACGGACAGCAGCAGCCCAGUGCAGAGCUGGCCUUCAAGCCCGCUCCCAUACCCAAGUUCGACGGCAUAGCAUUGCCGACCGCCCCGCAGCAGCAGCCGCAGAGCCCGACCGGGGGAGCUUUCCCUGCCAACGCGCUGCAACCGCAGUUAUCAGGGCAGAGCGCAGGAGGUGGACCUAUCCGCGUUCCAGCGCUCGAUCCUGGCAAAGUGCAGCAGUAUUCUGGCUUGUUUGAGAGAUCAGGUGCGCAGAAUGGCAUUCUCGAUGGCGGCACGGCGAAAAGCAUAUUCGAGCGAGCAGGUCUACCAAACGAAGUACUAGGAAGAAUAUGGAUGCUUUCGGACCGCGAGCAGAGGGGCGGCUUGGACCAAACAGAGUUCAUCGUGGCAAUGCAUUUGCUUACGAGCAUGAAGACGAGGGCCAUGACGAGUCUGCCGACCGCGGUACCACAAGGGCUCUGGGAUGCGGCUCUGAGAAGAGGACAGCGACCUCCCAGCAGGCAGAUGUCAGCUGCUGGAGCUGUGCCGAGACAAUUCACUGGUGGAUCUAUGCAACAGAGGACACAGAGCCCGCUGGCGAGAGGGCCUGAUUACUCAUCCCAGGCCCUACAAGCUCAGUCGACUGGCGCACACUGGCUCGUCACGCAGCAAGAGAAGGGCCAGUUCGAUCAGUUCUUCUCUCGCAUCAAUCCAUCACCUACCGGCCUCAUCAGCGGCGAGCAAGCCGUCAACUUCUUUUCCAACUCGAACCUAUCGGAAGACACGCUUGCCCAGAUCUGGGAUCUCUCGGACAUUGAUAGCGAUGGCCAGCUCAGCCGGGAUGAGUUCGCAGUGGCGAUGUAUCUCAUCAAACAGCAACGCCUGCCGAAUGCAGCACCACUACCCGCCUUUCUGCCUCCAGCCUUGGUGCCACCGAGCAUGCGAAACCAACAGCAGCAACAGCAAGCAGCUCAGACUGCUCCGCCGCCACCGCAGGUUGUUCCACCGCCACAGAAGAUGUCCGCGGCAGAUGACUUGUUCGGCCUCGACUCUUCGCCCACGCAGUCUCAGUCGCAGCCAGCCGCACUCCAACCUCAGUCCACAGGUGCCUCUGCCACCGCAUCUCGAGAUCCUUUCUCUGGCACAUCAGCUCCUGGUAGUCCAGGCUCGCCAGCACGCUUCCAGCAGCCCCAGUCUACGGGCAGCAUGUUCAAGCCGUUUGUACCUACUUCGGCUUUCGGCACAAGCCUGGUGCAGCAAAAUACUGGAGCUUCAUCCAAUACAUCAUCGCAGCCGCAAGCAUUCUCACCCUCCCAAUCACAGGGUCCUUCGGCAAGCUUCAUGCAGCCCCAGAACCAGCAGCGCGGACCUGGUGCUCCUAUGCCUAGCAACAUGGACGACCUACUUGGCGACAGCGAUGCCCAUGCCGAGGAGAGUAGCAGGAUCACCAACGAUACGACGGAGCUUGCGAACAUGAGCAGUCAAAUUGGCAACCUACGAAAUCAGAUGGAGUCGACUCAAGCGAAGAAAUCGGCGACGCAAGCAGACGUCGACAAGACAAACGCGCAGAAGCGCGACCUCGAGCAGCGGUUACAGCAGUUCAGAGGGCAGUACGAGACGGAAGUCAAGGCCGUGAAGGAGUUGGAGGCUCAACUGACCUCUUCCCGGUCCGAAACGAAGAGGCUGGGGCAGGAACUUGCGAUGCUCGAAGGAACGUAUCAAGAUCUAUCGACGCAACAUCAGAGUGUGAGCCAGCAGUUGCAAGCGGAUCAGCAGGAGAAUGCAAAUUUGAAACAGCGCAUGUCGCAGCUCAAUGCUGAGGUCUCGCGGAUGAAGCCGGAGAUCGAGAAGAUGAAGCUGGAUGCGAGGCAGCAGAGAGGAAUGGUCAGCAUCAACAAGAAGCAAAUGUCCACCAACGAGGCUGAGCGCGAUCGACUGGUGAGUGAGAAGGCAGAUCUCGAGCGGGAAGCUGCAGAAAUGGCAAGAAGUCGAACGGUCAGCCCGGAGCCGGCCAUGGCGAGCCAGGCUAGCAACGUGGGGAGUCCAGCUGCAAGCAUGGCGUCCACGAACCCGUUCUUUAACAAAGCGAGUACUGGCCCUGCAAGCCCACCUCCGGCGGCUUCUUCUGGCCCGACUCCCAGCGCGUUCGAUCAGCUGUUUGGCCCAUCAUCCGCCUUCGCACCGAGUGGGCAGGCAGGCAGCAGGGCAGAAACGCCACCUGCUACCUCUUUCAUUGGACGAUCUAUGCCAGCUGCAGGUGCAACGGCCGGAAGCACCGCCUUUGGUGCUAGUGCAGCUACCGCUAGCAUGGGCAUGACGGACUCAGUGUCUUCCGCCGGCGAAGCUACUCCUGCUGCCACUCCUCCACCUCGCUCAGUCGACCCGACGGGAGAGGCUUUUUUAGGGACGCCAGCUCCGGAUUCGGCUGAGCCUGAGAGGGUUGCUUCGCCUCCUCCGCCGCCGGAGAGUCGUCAGUUCACUCCGACCAACUUGCCACUCGGUGGUGGCGUUGUGGGACAAAGUGAUCCAGAUGCGGCCAGCACGCGAGUCAUGCCGCCAGCUUCGAGAGCCGGAGACGCUGAGCCAGAGCGCGAAAUGGUGCCUGGUGCAUUCCCUAGUGAAGAAGCCCAGCCAACUGUCGACGCACAAGAGCUCUCAGGAUCUACUAAACCGAGCACUCAGGCCGGAACACCUGCUCCAGGUACAACGAGUGGCAACGUCAACGACGACUUUGAUGCUGCGUUCGCUGGCUUUGGCGAGAGUGACAAGGCUAAGGACGGCGCUGAAGAUGAGGAUCCAUUCGCAUCAAAGGACCAGCAGGCUCCGCCAACAAGAGGCUUCAAUGACGAGUUCCCGCCUAUUCAGAGCUUGGAGCUAGACAAUGAAAGUGAUAGCUCAAGUGAUGACGACGAUGAAGACAAAUCCAAAGAUAGAGGCUUUGGGGACGAUUUUGCAGCUCCAUCAACAACGCAGCAAAGCGGUCUCGACACCUCGGCUGCCACGACUUCGUCGGCGGCACCGGGCUCGUUGGCAGCGCCGGAACCAGCGAACGAUGAAAUCCCUACACCUGGCGAAGAGUUGCCGGACAUCUCGAAGCAGACCUCACCGCCUACGUACGAGCAGAGCGACAACGUCCUCCAUGGCGGGACUGGCGAAAGGAGUGGCAGCAACUCGUUUCCACGCGAGUAUGGAGAUCUGCUCCCAUCCAGAGAAGAUCCUACCAGUCCUCCACCGCCCACCACCUCGCCGCCGGUCGAGACUACGUCAGCGACGUUUUCGGACGACAGCGUAACACCGCCUGCAGGCGACUCCGCUCCACAGAGCACCGCACCAGAAGAGACAGUGUCGCGGCCACCACCAAGAGUCUCAAGCUUGCAGCAGGGUAGCUACAGCAGUGCGUCAGGACAACAACCUCUGGCUACCCCCGGCACAGAUAUCUUCGUGGACGCCUCUAGUCGGCCGAUGAGCAGUGUUACCGAUGCUGGCGUGCCAACUUCUUCGCCUCCUACUGCUCAGUCUUCGAGCAACGCCUUUGACGACUUCGAUGACUUCGCCGACCUUUCGGAAACCAAAGAAGCUGACAAGAACGCUGAGUCCUUCGACUUUGGGUUCGGCGGUCGGCAGAGUGUUGACGAAUUCAACCCCGCCUUCGACAGUCCUGCUCCAAGCAAUGCCGCCACACCAAUACCCGCGACGAGAAGUGUGCAACAGAGUCAAGACAGCGGGAACGGCUUCGCUGACUUCAUGCCGAAUGUCAGUCAAAGUGCGAUUGGGCAGAGUGGAAGCGGUGGUGAGGGUACUGGGAGCAUCCAACAGACGCCGCAAGCAUCACAGCAUGACUGGGAUGCCAUUUUCUCUGGGCUCGACAAUUCGAAGGACAUUGAUACCUCGUUUCCCAGCAAUGGCGCAGCAACGACAAACGAUGAUCCGUGGUCUACAGUGAACGGCAGUUCUACCACGAACAGCUCCGCGGCUGCAGCUCCGUCCAGUUCGGCUGCUACUCAACAAGUCUUCCAGCCACCGCCUGGUCCUCCGCCAGGCAAAGCUCCACUCGGUGCGGAUCGAGGUGGUGCUAUCACGCCGGGUACUGAGCACGAUGAUCCAAUCUUGAAGCGGUUGACGGGCAUGGGGUAUGCGCGAGGGCAGGCACUCAAUGCAUUGGAGAUGUAUGAUUAUGAUAUCAAUAAGGCCGUCGACCAUUUAGCCGGUCAACUUCAGCUCUCGCCUUGUCGUCUCGAUCAGGAAAGGGAUGCGCCAGCCAUCGUCGCACAACGUUUCACUGAGCUUUACGGCUCAAGGGUACCAAGAUCUCCAAGACUUCAGCAACAUUGGGUAGAAGAGACGGCUCUCUGCUCCAUCGAACGCCCUCCCGUCCUGAUCACACCCAACGCCAACUCCACCAUGAGCUCCGACAACAAGAUCAUCUUCUACGACAUUGCGUCAAACGAACCAGCCAGGACCUUCGCACCCAAUCCAUGGAAGAGUCGUUUUGCCCUCAACUUCAAAGGCCUCGCAUACCGCACACAAUGGGUUGACCUCCCAGACAUCUGCUCCGUACGGCAAGAACUAGGCGUAGGCGCCAACCGCACUCUACCCAACGGCGAACCAUUCCAUACCCUGCCCAUGAUCAAGGACCAUUCAACCGGUAAUUUGGUGGGAGACUCCUUCGAGAUCGCCCUGCACCUUGACAGAACUUAUCCGGACGCCCCUCGUCUCAUUCUCCCGAACACUACGGGAUUGACAGCGGCGUUCAACAACCGAAUCGACAGCAUCUUCACACCCUACGCCAUCCUCGUCGAUCAGAUGCCCUUUCGCGAACCGGAAGCAGCGAAAGCCGUCAUGCUCAAGCGCUUCGGCGCGACGUCCUGGGACGAUUUGAAGCUCAGCCCUGACGCGCGGGAAGCCACUUUCCUCGCCUUCGAGGCCGCGCUCGGCGAGCUUGCCAAAGCGUAUCAGCACAUGGGCGGCACGACUGAUCAUGUCUGGCGAGCAGGCGGGACGGACAAGGCGAUGAGUCAACGUUCGGGGCGGGAGGAGGUUGGGCCGUGGUUGGAUGGGGAGGGCCCGGUGUAUGCGGAUUUCGUUGUUGGGGCGUGGUUGAAGAUGCUGGAGAUGGGAAUGGCAAUGGAGGAGUGGGAGAGGGUUAGGGGCUGGCAGGGUGGGUUGUGGGGGAGGAUUGUGGAUGCUUUGGAGCCGUGGUGUGAGAUCAAGUAA